UAUUCUUUCUCUUCCGGUUGUCGUCCCGGACGUGUGGCAGAUCACCAGAGUCAAAAUGGCAAAGUCAAAGAACCACACAACACACAACCAGUCUCGUAAAGCCCACAGGAAUGGCAUCAAGAAGCCCAGAUCUCAGCGCUACGAGUCCCUGAAGGGGGUGGACCCCAAGUUCCUGCGGAACAUGCGCUUCGCCAAGAAGCACAACAAGAAGGGCAUGAAGGCAGCGAGGAAGGCCGCCGCAGCCUCCAAAUAAUGCAGUGCUGUCAGGACCGCCCGCAUCGUCAACGUUCCACAGACUGAGUUCCCAUCGUCACAAUAAAGCUUUGCUUUCAUAACAAAA